AUGGUCAAGCCUUCCUCCCCAGACCUCUCAGGAAAGGGUGCCUCGCGAGUCGUGACGACCAAGGCCGUGUGCGUGCUGAAGGGCGACGGCCCUGUGGCGGGCACCGUCUACUUCGAGCAGAAGGGAGACGGGCCCGUCAAGGUUUCGGGAAGAAUCAAAGGACUGACGGAAGGCCUCUAUGGAUUCCACGUUCACCAGUUUGGAGAUAAUACACAAGGCUCUACCAGUGCUGGUCCUCACUUUAAUCCUCAGUCCAAAAAACAUGGUGGGCCCCAGUCUGAAGAGAGGCAUGUUGGAGACGUGGGCAAUGUGACUGCCCACAAGGAUGGCGUGGCCGACGUGUGUAUUGAAGACUCUGUGAUCUCGCUCACAGGAAGCAAUUCUAUCAUUGGCCGCACCAUGGUGAUCCAUGAAAAAGUGGAUGACUUGGGCCAAGGUGGAAAUGAAGAAAGCACCAAGACAGGCAAUGCUGGAGGUCGCCUGGCUUGUGCUGUGAUUGGGAUCGCGCCCCAAUAAACCUUCCUUAGGACGUGGUCUGAGUCCUAGUAACUACUCAUCUGUCUUCUUGUUAGCUGUAGAAAUUUAACUUGGCAAACAUUAAACACUGUACUCUUAAAAGUUUAACUGUAUGAUUUUGUUUCUGCUUUUUUUGCUUUAAGUACUUGUAAUGAGAAAUGAUUUCUGACCACUUGAAAGAUUGUAUAGUUUUAUAAAAUUGUUAAAAUGUCUGUUUCAGUGAUCUCUGUAUUUUGCCAAACUUAU